UGGGGCCUCACAGCGCCUUUCCGGCUGGCUUCAGACCGUCGCUGGACUCGGAGAGGAUGUUCUCGAUUCCCUCGCGUCCUUGGCUGCCGGCUUCCAACUCCUCGCCCUCCUCUUUUACCGGAGGAGUCACACCCGCGCAUCUUAUCACCGUCGCCUCCGCCCUGCGGCUGGGCGACCUCCUCCGCGGACACUUCCCCGCCCACCUUACCCUUCUCCUCUGCUCUCCCCCGCCGCAGGAUGCUUAUCGUUCUGAUUACUUGCCUGGAACCAAGGAUAUUUGGUGUAGGAGACCGUAUUUAGUAAAGAAAUAUUCUUUUCUUGAAACAAUAGCUGACACUUUAUCAGCAUCAUGUUCGUCUUGCUUUUCGUUCUUCAGCGGGAAGGAAUCUGAAAAGAGAUACAUACAUAAGGGCAAGUUGCAGUUUAGGGGUUCUGAAGGGAAUGCUUUUGAUGGAAGGCUAUGGACCAAUGUUCUUCUCGCCCUUAAUGUUUUAGUUUAUGCAGCUCAGAUUGCAACCCAGGGAAAGCUGCUUUUGUGGGGAGCUAAGGUCAAUAGCCUGAUUGAUAAAGGACAACUAUGGAGAUUUGCUACAUCAUCAUUUCUGCAUGCAAAUAUUGGGCACCUCAUGGUCAACUGUUUUUCUUUGAACUCCAUUGGUCCCAUUGUCGAGAAACUAAGUGGGCCUAGACGUUUUCUUGCAAUUUACUUCAGUUCAGCAAUAACAAGUUCCAUGAUGAGCUAUCGGUUCUGUCAUUCUCCUGCUGUUGGUGCAUCCGGAGCUAUUUUUGGAUUAGUUGGUUCUUUUGCUGUAUUUGUUCUGAGACAUAGAGGCCUCACUGGGGGUGGAAAGCAGGAUUUAAAGUACAUUGGACAAGUCAUUGCCUUAAACAUGGUUCUCGGGCUUCUCUCCAAGGGUAUUGACAACUGGGGUCAUCUGGGUGGCUUGCUAGGUGGAAUGGCUAUGUCGUGGUUUCUUGGCCCGGCAUGGCAAUAUGAAUUCCAAACUGAUGAUGGAAGAUUAGUUUUUGCAGACAGGGCUCCUGUUUUCUACUUCAUCAGAAGAAAGAGGUUGCGUUAAGACAGUCACUGCUAUCUGAAAGUUAUAAUACUUACUAAGACACUGUUUUGAUUAGUAAAAGGGGUCAUUUGAAGGUUAUUGGCUGUUAUCAAUUGAAAAUCAGGGGAAAAAAAUAAAGGGAAAAGUUGGAUGCCAAAUGAAAACCAGAUAUAAGAACUCUAGAGCAAAUUAGGUUUACUGUUGUGAUAAAAUGAUCCUACAUGAUAUUACAGUCUUUAAGAAAUCUCAUCUCUUUCAUA